AUGAUCAAUGGAGAAUCAACAAAUCCUUUUAAAGCUGCAAGGGGAAUGAGGCAAGAGGAUCCCAUAUUCCCUUUCCUAUUUGCUAUAGCUAUGGAAUAUCUCAGUAGAUGCCUAGUUGGACUGAAAUUUGACAAAGAUUUCAAACAUCAUCCCAAGUGCGUAAGACUGAAUGUAACAUAUUUAUGCUUUACAGGUGAUUUACUUCUCUUUGCUAAAGGGCUACAAGCAAACUUGAGAAAAAGUUCAGUCUAUUUUAGAGGGGUGACUCAAUGUGAGAAAGAUAGUAUCUUGCAACGUCUUGGAUAUACCAAUGGAGAACUACCAUUCGAGUACCUAUGGAUACCAUUAUCAACAAAGAAGUUGACCCUUAUGCAAUGUCAACCUUUAGUUGAGAAGAUUGUUACUAGAAUCUCAUCGUGGGCUACUAAAAAGCUAUCUUAUGCAGGAAGAUGUCAAUUGGUUCAAUCAGUACUGUUUGGCAUUCAAGCAUACUGGACACAACUCUUUUUUCUGCCUACUAAAGUUGCCAAACUAAUUGAGGGUUAUUGUAGAAGUUAUUUAUGGUCAGGCACAUAUACAAUUACCAAGAAGGCUUUAGUUGCAUGGAGUAGAGUAUGUACUCCAAAACAAUGUGAAUUUGCACAAAGAGUGUGGUCCAAGUUGAUGAUGUGGGCACAAAGGCAAGAUCAGACUGCUACUAGAUGGGAUCAGUACAUUCACAAUAUCAUUGCUAGAGCUAAAGGCAAGUCACAAGCUGCACAGAUUUUUAAACUUUUAUAUGCUGAAUUUGUACAUGGCAUAUGGAUAGAAAGGAAUCUUAGAGUUUUUGAGAAACAAAACAAAGUUGGGAGAGCAUAG